UUGGAAAUGGCAAAGGCAGUGACGCCUGGAAGAGGAACAAGUGUGGGAAAAGGCAGAGGAAACUGGAGCUGAAUGACAGGAUGCGGGAGACUUGAGGAGAUCUAGUAUAUCCACACGUCCUUUGCUACCAACGGGACUCUGCUUGCUGCUAUUUGCUCCUGAAACAGCUUGAUGCAUAUUGCUUGUGUUUUUUGAAACUCCCUUUCCUGGAGGAUUUAAGAUUGCGUGCCGAAACAGGGAUACUCUGUUCUCUUCCUUCAUUCCUGGAGGACCAAGAAAGGAAGAUGGAUUGGGGGCUCUUCCUGAACUAUGUCGCCCUCACGGCCACCCUUGGCAGGGCUUUGAAGAGCGAUAAAUGUGGUGAAAAUAUAAAAAUCAUCGAGCCUGGCUAUCUCACUUCUCCUGGCUAUCCGAACACUUAUCAUCCAAGCCAAAAAUGUGAAUGGCUGAUUCAAGCUCCGCAGCCAUACCAGAGAAUUAUGAUCAACUUCAACCCUCACUUCGAUUUGGAGGACAGAGAAUGCAAGUACGAUUAUGUUGAAGUGAUUGAUGGAGACAACGCAAAUGGGCGAGUAUGGGGAAAGUUUUGUGGCAAGAUUGCCCCCCCUCCUGUGAUAUCUACAGGACCGUACCUCUUAAUCAAGUUUGUCUCUGAUUACGAAACGCACGGAGCAGGCUUUUCCAUUCGCUAUGAGAUUUUUAAAAGAGGACCAGAAUGCUCCCGAAAUUUCACAUCUAUGAGUGGAGUGAUCAGGUCCCCAGGUUUCCCUGAAAAAUAUCCCAAUAGCCUUGAAUGCACUUACAUUGUUUUUGCACCAAAGAUGUCAGAGAUAAUACUAGAAUUUGAAAGCUUUGAACUGGAACCGGACUCAAAUCCUCCAGGAGGCGUGUUCUGUCGCUAUGACCGAUUAGAAAUCUGGGAUGGAUUCCCUGAAGUUGGGCCGCACAUAGGCCGAUACUGUGGACAAAACACACCAGGUCGUAUCCGCUCUUCAACGGGCAUCCUUUCUAUGGUUUUCUACACGGACAGCGCAAUAGCAAAGGAAGGAUUCUCUGCAAACUACACUGUCUUGCAGAACAGUGUAUCAGAAGAUUUCCAGUGUGCUGAACCACUCGGCAUGGAGUCUGGUGAAAUUCAUUCCGACCAAAUCAGUGCCUCUUCCCAGUACAGUACCAACUGGUCUUCUGAAAGGUCCCGAUUAAAUUACCCUGAAAACGGAUGGACACCUGGAGAAGACUCCAGCAGAGAAUGGAUACAGGUGGACCUGGGCCUCCUCCGUUUCGUUUCUGCCAUUGGGACCCAAGGAGCUAUUUCAAAAGAAACAAAGAAAAAAUACUUUUUGAAAACAUACCGAGUGGAUAUUAGUUCUAAUGGAGAAGACUGGAUUUCUGUUAAAGAUGGAAAUAAUAAACCAUUGGUGUUCAUCGGAAACAUCAAUCCCACUGAUGUCGCGUACAGACCAUUUCCCAAACCAGUCCUAACACGUUUUGUUCGAAUCAAACCUGCAAGCUGGGAAACAGGGAUAUCACUAAGAUUUGAAGUAUAUGGAUGCAAAAUAACAGAUUAUCCUUGCUCUGGCAUGCUGGGUAUGGUAUCAGGUCUAAUAACAGACUCUCAGAUUACUGCUUCAAAUGAAUUUGAAAGAAACUGGAUGCCUGAAAAUGUCCGUCUUAUAACUAGUCGAGUAGGAUGGGCUUUACCCCCACCUGCCACACACACAUAUUCAAAGGAAUGGCUCCAAGCAGACCUCAGUGAAGAGAAGAUAGUACGAGGCAUCAUUGUCCAGGGAGGCAAACACAGAGAGAACAAAGUCUUCAUGAGGAAAUUCAAGCUUGGAUACAGCUACAAUGGAUCAGACUGGAAGUGGAUUAUGGAUGCCAGCAAAAAGAAGGCUAAGGUAUUUGAAGGCAACACUAACUAUGAUACUCCUGAACUCCGUACCUUUGAACCUAUAACAACCAGAUUUAUCCGUGUUUAUCCCGAAAGAGCCACCCAUGGUGGAUUGGGACUGAGGAUGGAACUAUUGGGCUGUGAAAUUGAAGUACCUACGUCAAUCCCAACCACGGCUGACAGCAACCUUGUGGACGAGUGUGAUGAUGACCAAGCCAACUGCCACAGUGGAACAGGUGAUGACUUCCAGUUGACAGGCAGUACCACAGCUAUGAUAACAGAAAGGUCAACAGCAAUUGACACUACAGUGCAGCCAGAACUCCCAGCCUAUGGGUUCAACUGUGGAUUUGGCUACAGUUCUCAGAAGACAAUUUGCCGUUGGGAGCAUGAUGGCCAACUGGACCUUAGGUGGGCUGUGCUUACCAGCAAAACAGGGCCCAUUCAAGACCACACAGCAGGAGAUGGCAAUUUCAUUUACUCACAAGCUGAUGAAAACCAGAGAGGCAAAGUUGCACGGCUCAUCAGUCCCAUCAUCAACCCGCAGAACUCUGCACUCUGCAUGACUUUUUGGUAUCACAUGUCAGGCCACCAUGUUGGCACGCUAAGAAUCAAACUGCGGUACCAGACACCAAAAGAAUAUGAUCAGGUCUUGUGGACGCUUAGUGGAAAUCAGGGAAGUUUCUGGAAAGAAGGACGGGUAUUUCUUCAUAAAUCUGCCAAACAUUAUCAGGUGAUGGUGGAAGGAGAAAUAGGAAAAGGAACUGGAGGAAUUGCAGUUGAUGACAUUAACUUUGAUGGCCACAUAACCCAGGAGGAAUGCCGAAGAAAUGAAAUAGUCGAAGUAGAGCCAGAUAUUAAUCAAACAGGAUUUACUCCAGAUUACCAUGGAAACGGAGAGCCCUACGAUGAUAUCUCCAGAAAGCCAGGUAACGUCCUCAAGACACUUGACCCCAUUCUCAUCACCAUCAUCGCCAUGAGUUCGCUUGGAGUACUUCUGGGGGCCAUCUGUGGAGUCAUUCUGUACUGUGCUUGUUGGCACAAUGGAAUGUCGGAUAGGAACUUAUCUGCACUGGAGAACUACAAUUUCGAACUUGUGGAUGGUGUGAAAUUGAAAAAAGACAAACUGAAUGCACAGAAUACUUACUCAGAGGCAUGAGGAGGAUAUAGCUAAAGAGGUCGUGGAGAAUUGAGAUGGAAGGACAUAUCGCUAGCUUAUGCUGGGGAACUGUGGAUCUUCUUUUACUGUACAGGCUGAAAACUGCGUUGAGGACGCUGAGCCAAGCUUUUCUCAGGAGCUUCAGUGAGUGUAACAGAUGUACUAAAACAUGGACAACAAUCUGUGUUAAACAAUCUGAAUCAUGUACAGUCUACUUCUGUUUCUGUUUUGAUUUGAAAUAAUCAAAUGCUGGUGUUGAGACCAAGUAUGAUUGACUUAAGAGGGGGUGUUUCUUUUGGUCUUUCCUAUAUAUAUUUUUGUCCUUCCUUCCUUCUCUCCCUUCCCCGGUUUCCUCCCUUCUUGGUUUUGUUGCCUUCCUCCCCAUCCUCUGCCCUGUUAGAUAUUUUUAUUAGUAUUAUUAUUAUUAUUUUUACUGUGCAAAAA